CCGCUUAAUAACCUUUAGAAGUGAGUGUGACUUCUUGUGUGCGACACCCGCAUUUCGCCGUGAUGUUCGUGUCAUGAAAGAAACUCUAAAAGAGAAUUUGAAAAUCUAGUUUGAUGUCGAAAGAUUCGAAAAAUAUCUUAACCUAUGGAACUCAAGAGAAGCAAUUGGGCGAGUCGACAAAUGGAGAGGCCAUCGACUUGGACGAUGUUUUACCCAAAAUUGGAGAAUUCGGGCUUUAUCAAAAACUUUUACUCUGGCUCGUUUGUCUGCCAGCGUGUUUGCCGUGUGGAUUUUGUGCCUUUAACCAACUGUUUAUGACAGAUGUCCCUGAUUACUGGUGUAAAGUGCCAGAAUUACAAAAUAUGACACAAGAAGAUCGUAAAGCUCUCUCUAUACCACUAAAGGUGGACAACAAUUCAACCUAUGAGAAAUGUGUUCGAUAUGCAGUAAAUUGGAGUUCAAUUAUAAAAACAGGAAAACCUAUGGAAGUUAACACUGCUUGGCCACAUGAACGCUGCUGGGAUGGUUACGAGUACGACACAACUGAAGUGACGUCAUCUGUUGUAAUAGAUUUCAAUCUGGUCUGCGAGUAUGACGUAUAUCCUACCCUAGGACUGGUGGCCCUCAAUAUCGGAGGACCAAUUGGAGUUUAUACGUUUGGACUUCUAAAUGAUCGUAUAGGUCGUAAAAAGUCCUUUUUUGCUUGCCUCACUACAUUACUCAUUGGCAGUAUUAUGACAGCAUUUGCAAAUGAAUAUUGGAUAUGGGUUCUUGCAAGAACAAUAGUGGGUUUAACUAUUCCUGCAGUGUAUCAGAUACCGUUUAUUAUAUCGCUUGAGUUAGCAGGUCCUAACUACCGAUCAUUUGUGACCGUUAUGACAUGUGUAUUUUACACUUUGGGUUUAAUUAUGCUAUCGGGCAUAACGUAUUUACUCAGAGACUGGAGAUUACUCGCCUUAGCUACUUCUGUGCCGUUUUUAUUUUAUUAUUUAUACUGGUUUGUAUUACCCGAAUCGCCCAGAUGGCUUUUGAUGAGAGAACGCUUAGAAGAAGCAAAUAAAAUCCUAAAAGACAUCGCAAGAGUGAAUGGCAAAGAGUUGCCAGAAGAGUUCACAUCGAAGCUUCAAAAACAAGUCCUGAAACAAAAAGAGAGAGGCUUUAAAGAAACAGAGACUGCCAGUGUUUUUGCUUUGUGUAAAACUCCAAAUAUGAGACUAAAAACUUGUUUGAUAACUUUGAAUUGGUGUGCGUCAGAAAUGGUAUACGUUGGAUUAAGUUACUAUGGUCCUGCUAUCGGAACCAAUCAAUACAUGAGUUUUUUUCUUUCAUCUGCUGUAGAAAUACCAAGUUACAUUGUAUGUUGGGUACUUAUGGACAGAGUUGGAAGAAGGUGGCCCCUGUGUUUAUCCAUGGUUAUAAGUGGAAUAUUCUGCAUAAUUACUGUACUACUUCCCGAAGAUGCUCAAAUGGAAACCCUUAUCCUAUACUUAAUAUCCAAAUGUUUUAUAUCGGCAUCCUUUCUGAUUAUUUACCCUUAUGCUGGGGAGCUGUACCCGACGGAGCUGAGGGGCGUUGGCAUCGGUACAUCGGCAUAUAUAGGCGGCUUGGGCUUGAUUAUUAUACCUUUUAUUAAUUAUUUGGGCUCCAGCAAUCUGAUAUUACCUCUGGUGGUGAUGGGUGCCGUGUCUGUUGUCGGCGGCCUGACAGCCCUUCGACUGCCUGAAACUCUUCACUCUUCUCUGCCACAAACUGCUGAAGAAGGAGAGGAGUUCGGAAAGAACUGGACAUACAAAGACUGCUUUGUUUGCGGUGGUCAGAGACAAAUUUCAGAUGCAGAUUCCUACGAAAACAUAGAUCAAUUAGAGUUAACUCAAGCCCCUCAGACGGAUGACGAAAUCUUAGACAUACCAAAUAUACGACGGCCAUCAAUGCGCAAACUUGUACGACAGUCGAGCACGGUUGAGACGCAACGAGAUAUUGAUGGCAACAUGAAGAUGACUUAUUGGUUUUGAUUACAUAAAUACUUAUUUAAGAUUAAUUUAAUUUUUAUUUUGCUUACCUAACUUGUGCUUAUUUACCUAAUUAAAGAUAUGAAAUAGUAAUAACAUAAAAAAAAACAUUAUUAUUUCAGGUAGGUCACCUAACAUUAACCCCGAAACACGAGUUAAAUAAAUGUAAGGUCAAUAUAUCAAUAAAAAUAAAGGUAAGUAAUAAAUCCGAAAAUUGGUAAUUGCAGUUUUGAAAACAUUAUUCAUUGCAUACAGUGCAUAUCGCAAAGUAUUUAUUUUAUUGUUCGUUUCAUAUAGGAAAAUAUAUUUUUAAUGUAAUAUUUAUAUGCUUCUCAUUUUCUUAAUUCGACUAAAUAAGCAAUACACCAUUUUCGAAAUAUGUAGGUAUGUUUAUAUAUUAGAUAAUUAUGUGAACUUUCGAAGUUUUUUUAUCUUAUGGAAAACGAUUUUUCCAAUAUAUCGGCACCGAAUCGGAUACACUAAAUCCAUCCUUUUUCCUUUAAACUCGCACCACGAUUGCGUAAAAGGUAUUUUUGGUCGUAAAUCUGCAACAAUAUUGAAAAUUGGCGCUUUUUGCUUCCAUUGGCAUGUUUGUGUACCUUAGUUGUACCAGUAGCGCCAUCUGCGCUGAGCUUUGCGUAAUAUCCCUAUUAGUAGGUAUUCCGAUCCGCCCUUCUAAAUUUAUAGCAUAGAAUUAUGUAUAAUGGUGCAGCUUUGGUUGUAUAGGUUUUUAGAAAGGUGCCCCGCGCGCGUUGCUUGUAACACUCUUGUCAAACAUAUUGUAAACGACGUAAGUACGUUGUAAAUAGGUAUCUACCAUGGAAAUAUACUGCACUGUACCUACAUCAUGGAAUUAAUAGGUACUACGUUACUAAUUCCGUGAUCUACCUAUCUUUUUCAACGUAAUAAAAACAUAACUGUCGACUGUCAAUUUCUGACAGUGACAGACAUUACACACGCGAGUCGGAAAUAAAAUGACACGAUAGCAAGAGAGCAAACGAUAGAAACAAAGCCAAAAACGAGAACACCUCGGCAAGUAAUGCAAGUGCAAAGUGAUAAUACACAGUAUUUAAACUAUAAAUUACCGAUAUGUUUUCCUCAAAACAAGCAGUACUAUCGUGUAUUUUUAUAAUAAUCAGUGUUGCAGUUGUGUUCGUACAUUCACAUUCUCAUGACGAAUCACCUGCUUAUAAAUAUUCGAAAACUGCUAAUGAACAAUACAAAACAAAGGAAGAGAAGAUAACAGAACCCGAUUAUGACUUGUAUAUGAGAGCGUUGGGCUCUACUUUGUUUAUUAGUGUUGUACCGUUUUUCAUAUUGUUUUUUAUACCUAUUGAUGGAUCAAUUGAAAAGCAACCACUAUUGAAGGUGUUAUUAUCAUUUGCUUCUGGUGGACUUCUUGGCGAUGCUUUUCUGCAUUUAAUCCCACAUGCCUUAGUUCCUAACCAUGAUGAAACUGGUCACAGUCAUAGCCAUUCACAUAGUAGCCCUGAUGAAGAACAUGAACCUCACGAUAUCUCCGUUGGUUUGGGAGUCCUAGGCGGGAUAAUAACAUUCUUAGUUGUUGAAAAAACUGUUCGAUUGUUUAGUGGUGGACAUGGGCAUUCACAUGGAAAUGAUAAGAAAAAGAGUGAAGAAAAGACAAAAAAAGGAAAGAGCAAAGACAAAAAAGAAGAAAUAAAUAUUUCUGGUUACUUGAACUUGGCUGCAGAUUUUACGCACAACUUCACUGAUGGACUAGCUAUUGGAGCAUCCUACAUAGCUGGGAACAACAUUGGAUUUAUCACUACUGUAACAAUUUUAUUGCAUGAAAUUCCUCAUGAGAUUGGAGACUUUGCUAUCCUUGUGCAAUCUGGCUGCUCAAGAAAAAAAGCUAUGUUUUUACAGUUGUUGACAGCAUUUGGAGCUAUAUCUGGUACAAUCCUGUCUAUAUAUCUACAAGGAUCAAAUGAAAGUCUUGUAUCUUCCCUAAUUUUGCCAUUUACAGCUGGUGGUUUCAUUUACAUAGCCACAGUGUCAGUCAUUCCAGAACUUCUAGAAAACUCACAUAAAUUGUCUCAGUCAAUCAAAGAAAUUAUGGCCCUCUUAGCUGGUGUGUACAUGAUGGUUAUUAUAGCACAAUAUGAAUGAGAUACAUUAUUUUCUAGAGUUUAAUAUCCAUAGAGACAUCACAAGUAGUUUAUGGACAGUUUCCUUUGUUUAGCAAUUUUUUGGUUAUAUAAAUAAAUUUAUAUGUACACUUAUAGACAACUGUAAAUAAAAAGUUUAUAGAAAUACCUUGCAACCACCAGAGAAGGUAUUAAUUAUUAAACAUUUAUAAAUCAUUAGAAAUACAAAUGAAUGAUUGAAAGGAAGAGAAUAUUAAAAUGAGAAGUUAUAUUUUUAUAGCAAUAGGAAAAUAAGUUACUAUAAAUGAACAGAACAUAUUGUUAUGUCGGUAUUCUAUAUUGAGGAAAUGCUUCCUUGCUGGAAAUGUAUGUAUGCCGAAGCUAUUUUUUAAAAUAGUUUUAAUCAUUUUAUUUUCUGCACCAAUAGUGAUAUAAAUUGUUUUUAUUAUUACAUGAAGCUAUUAGAAUAAUAAAGUAUUUUUAUGACUUUUUAGCAUA